CAUGUCUGUAUCUUACUUUUAGAUUUAGUCGCAACACAGAAGGAUUCUGUUGGGGUGUUGAUGGUUUCUGCACCGAAAGAGAAGUACUUACGCUACCUUUCUAAACAAACUCUUAACUUACAACAAGAAGAAGAAAAUGAGGCAAAGAUUGAAAAUGUGCAGAAAACAGGUUUCUUCAAAGGACCAAUGUUCAAAGGUGUUGCUUCUAGUCGAUUUUUACCUAAAGGCACCAAGACAAAAGUUAAUUUGGAGGAACAGGGACGACAAAAGGUGUCUUUCAGCUUCAGCCUUACAAAGAAAACUUUGCAGAAUAGGUUUCUGACUGCACUUGGCAAUGAAAAGCAAAAUGAUACUCCAAACUCCCCAGCUGGACCUCUUCAAGUAGACUUGACUCCUAAAAUUAAAAUGGACGUUGGAGAUACCUUAUCUACUACAGAAGAAUCUUCCCCACCAAAAUCAAGGGUAGAAUUGGGCAAAAUUCAUUUUAAGAAACACCUGCUUCAUGUGACGUCCAGGCCACUGCUGACUACAGCCACAGCAGUGGUGUCUCCACCUCCUCCAGUAGUACCAUUACCAGCAGUCAUAGCAGAAUCAACAACUGUAGAUUCACCACCCUCUUCUCCACCUCCACCACCUCCACCUCCCCAGGCCACGACACUCUCACCAGCACCAGUAACAGAGCCAGUGGCCUUGCCACACACACCAAUCCCAGUUAUGAUGACAGCACCGGUAGAUGUAGCAGUUAGAACACUGAAGGAACCACCAGUUACGACUGUACCAGAAUCUUCAGACGUGGACACUAAGCAGGACGCUGUAUCUAAUAGUUCAGAAGAACACAUAACUCAGAAUUUGAAUGAGCAAGCAGAUACUCCCUCACAAAAAGAAGAUUCCCAUAUUGGGAAGGAAGAAGAAAUUCCAGAUAGUUCUAAGAGUAAUCUGGGCUCUAAAAAAACAGGUUCUAAGAAGAAAUCCUCACAAUCCGAAGGCACCUUUCUUGCUUCAGAAUCUGAUGAAGAUUCUGUACGGACUUCCUCAAGUCAAAGAUCACACGAUUUAAAAUUUUCAGCAAGCAUUGAAAAGGAAAGAGAUUCAAAAAAGAACUUAGCACCUUUAAAAAGUGAGGAUUUAGGGAAAUCUUCACGAUCUAAAACAGAGAGAGAUGAUAAAUAUUUUAGCUACUCAAAACUUGAAAGAGAUACUCGGUAUAUAUCUUCUCGAUGUAGAUCAGAGAGAGAGCGAAGGCGGAGCAGAUCUCGUUCAAGAUCUGACAGAGGCUCUAGAACUAGUUUAUCCUAUUCCCGGUCGGAACGAUCCCAUUAUUAUGACUCUGAUCGUCGCUACCAUCGGAGUUCCCCUUACCGAGAGAGAGCUCGCUAUUCUCGGACAUAUACAGAUAACAGAGCUCGGGAGAGUUCUGACUCAGAAGAGGAGUAUAAGAAGACCUACUCAAGGCGCACCUCAUCCCAUUCCUUCUCUUACAGAGACCUAAGGACAUCAUCAUCCUAUUCUAAAUCUGAUCGGGACUGCAAAACUGAGUCCUCUUACUUAGAAAUGGAGAAAAGAGGAAAGUAUUCUUCAAAAGUAGAAAGAGAAUCCAAAAGGACUUCAGAAAAUGAAGCAAUGAAAAGAUGUUGUUCUCCCCCUAAUGAACUGGGAUUCCGACGGGGCUCAUCCUAUUCCAAGCAUGAUAACAGUGCUUCCCGUUACAAAUCUGCCCUUUCAAAGUCUGUAUCCAAGUCCGAUAAAUUUAAGAAUUCUUUCUGUUGUACAGAAUUAAAUGAGGAAAUCAGAUCAUCUCAUUCUUUUAAUUUACAGGCUCCUUGUUCAAAAGGUAGUGAAUUAAGAAUGAUUAGUAAAAUUCCUGAAAGAGAAAAGACUGGGUCUCCAUCACCAUCAAAUCGAUUAAAUGAUUCACCUACUUUUAAAAAGCUAGAUGAAUCCCUUAUUUUUAAAUCUGAAUUUAUAGGACAUGAUAGCCAUGAUAGUAUUAAGGAAUUAGACUCUUUAUCUAAAGUGAAGAAUGAUCAGUUAAGAAGUUAUUGUCCCAUAGAAUUAAAUAUAAAUGGAUCUCCUGGGGCAGAAUCUGAUUUGGCAACAUUUUGCACUUCUAAAACUGACACUGUUUUGAUGUCUUCUGAUGAUAGUGUGACUGGAUCAGAGGUAUCCCCUUUGGUCAAAGCAUGCAUGCUUUCAUCAAAUGGAUUUCAGAAUAUUAAUAGAUGUAAAGAGAAAGACUCAGACAAUACAUGCAUGCUGCGUAGUAAGUCAGGAAGCCCAUUUAGAGAAACAGAACCUACAGUGUCGCCACACCAAGAUAAACUCAUGUCUUUGCCAGUUACGACUAUAGAUUAUUCCAAAACUGUAAUUAAAGAACCAGUCGAUAUGGCAGUUUCUUGUUGUAAAACCAAAGAUUCAGAUCUAUACUGUACUUCAAAUGACAACAACCCUUCUUUGCGUCAUUCUGAAGCUGAAAAGAUUGAGCCUUCAGUUAUGAAGAUUUCUUCAAAUAGCUUUAUGAAUGUGCAUUUGAAAUCAAAAACAGUUAUAUGCGAUAAUAGAAAUCUGACAGAUCAGCACUCAAAAUUUGCACGUGAAGAAUAUAAGCAGAGCGUUGGUAGCACCAGUUCAGCUUCUGUUAAUCAUUUUGAUGACAUAUAUCAACCGAUAGAGAGUUCAGGCGUUGCUUCAUCUCUUCAGAGUCUGCCACCAGGAGUAAAAGUGGACAGUUUAACUCUCUUACAAUGUGGAGAGAACGCAUCUCCAGUUUUGGAUGCUGUGCUGAAGAGUAAAAGCACAGAGUUUGUAAAGCAUGCAGAGAAAGAAACCAUCAUAGAAGUAGGUAGCGGCCUUCCUGAUUCAGGAAGGGGAUUUGCCUCUUGGGAAAACAGGCAUAAUAAUGGGCUCUCUGGGAAAUGUGUGCAAGAGGCUCAAGAAGAAGGGAAUUCCAUAGUGCUUGAGAGAAGAGGAAGGUCAGAAAUCUCUUUAGAUGAAGAAGGAGGGAGAGGACAUGCUCAUACUUCUGAUGACUCAGAAGUUGUAUUUUCUUCUUGUGACUUGAAUUUAACCAUGGAGGACAGUGAUGGCAUAACAUAUACCUUAAAAUGUGACAGUAGUGGUCACGCCUCAGAGAUCGUAUCCACUGUCCAUGAAGAUUAUUCUGGUUCUUCUGAAAGCUCAAGUGAUGAAAGUGACUCUGAAGAUACAGAUUCUGAUGAUAGCAGUUUUCCAAGAAACCGUCUUCAGUCUGUUGUGGUAGUCCCAAAGAAUUCUACUUUGCCCACGGAAGAAACCAGUCCGUGUUCUUCUCGGAGUAGUCAAAGUUACAGACACUAUUCUGACCACUGGGAAGAUGAGAGAUUGGAGUCGAGGAGACAUUCAUAUGAGGAAAAAUUUGACAGUGUAGCAAGUAAACCCUGUUCUCAGACUGAGAAGUUCUUCCAUCAUAAAGGAACAGAGAAGAAUCCGGAAAUUUCUUUUACACACCCCAGCAGAAAACAGAUAGAUAACCACCUGUCUGAAAUUGUUCAUCCUCAGAGUGACGGGGUUGAUAGUACAAGUCAUACAGAUGUGAAAUCUGACUUUCUAGGUCAUCCAAAUUCCGAGGAAACAGCAAAAGCCAAAAUAGCCUCUAGGCAGCAAGAAGAGCUGCCAGUUUAUUCUUCUGACGAUUUUGAAGACAUCCCGAAUAAGUCUCGGCAACAAACCAUUUUCCCUAACAGGCCAGAUAGUAGACUGGGAAAAACAGAGUUGAGUUUUUCUUCCUCUUGUGAGAUCUCCCGAGUGGAUGGCUUCCGCUCAUCAGAAGAGCUCAGGAACCUAGGGUGGGAAUUCUCUCAACAAGAAAAGCCUACUACCACAUAUCAGCAACCUGACAGCAGCUAUGGAGCCUGUGGUGGGCACAAGUAUCAGCAAAGUGCAGAACAUUAUGGUGGGACACGUAAUUACUGGCAAGGUAACGGCUACUGGGAUCCAAGAUCAGCAGGUAGACCUCCUGGAACAGGGGUUGUGUAUGAUCGAAUUCAAGGGCAGGUACCAGAUUCCUUAACAGAUGACCGUGAAGAGGAGGACAGUUGGGAUCAAUGUGCAGGGUCUCACUUUUCAAGCCAGUCCAGUAAAUUUUUUCUAUCCCUUCAGAAGGACAAGGGGUCCGUGCAGGCACCUGAAAUAAGCAGCAAUUCCAUUAAGGACUCUUUAGCUGUGAAUGAAAAGAAAGAUCUUUCAAAAAACUUAGAAAAAAAUGAUAUGAAAGAUAGAGGACCUCCUAAAAAAAGGAGACCGGAAUUGGAGAGUGAUUCUGAAAGCGAUGGUGAACUUCAGGACAGAAAGAAAGUUCGAGUGGCAGUAGAGCAGGGAGAAACGGCAGUGCCCCCAGGCUCAGCACUGGUUGGGCCUUCCUGUGUCAUGGAGGAUUUCAGGGACCCACAGCGAUGGAAAGAAUGUGCCAAGCAAGGGAAGAUGCCCUGUUACUUUGAUCUGAUUGAAGAAAAUGUUUAUUUAACAGAAAGAAAGAAGAAUAAAUCACAUCGGGAUAUUAAGCGAAUGCAGUGUGAGUGUGCACCUCUUUCUAAAGAUGAAAGAGCGCAAGGUGAAAUAGCAUGUGGGGAAGAUUGUCUUAAUCGACUCCUCAUGAUUGAAUGUUCUUCUCGGUGUCCGAAUGGGGAUUAUUGUUCCAAUAGACGGUUUCAGAGAAAACAGCAUGCAGAUGUGGAAGUCAUACUCACAGAAAAGAAAGGCUGGGGCUUGAGAGCUGCGAAAGACCUUCCUUCGAACACCUUUGUCCUGGAAUAUUGUGGAGAGGUACUUGAUCAUAAAGAGUUUAAAGCCCGGGUAAAGGAGUAUGCACGAAACAAAAACAUCCACUACUAUUUCAUGGCCCUGAAGAAUGAUGAGAUAAUAGAUGCCACUCAGAAAGGAAACUGCUCUCGUUUCAUGAAUCACAGCUGUGAACCAAACUGUGAGACUCAAAAAUGGACUGUGAACGGACAACUGAGGGUCGGGUUUUUUACCACCAAAUUAGUUCCUUCAGGCUCGGAGUUAACAUUUGACUAUCAGUUCCAAAGAUAUGGAAAAGAAGCUCAGAAAUGUUUCUGUGGGUCAGCUAAUUGCCGAGGUUACCUGGGAGGAGAGAAUAGAGUCAGUAUCAGAGCAGCAGGAGGAAAAAUGAAGAAGGAACGAUCUCGUAAGAAGGAUUCAGUGGAUGGAGAGCUAGAAGCUCUGAUGGAGAAUGGUGAGGGUCUCUCUGAUAAAAACCAGGUGCUCAGCUUAUCCCGGCUAAUGGUUAGAAUUGAAACUUUGGAGCAGAAACUUACCUGUCUUGAGCUCAUACAGAACACGCAUUCACAGUCUUGCCUGAAGUCCUUUCUGGAACGUCAUGGGCUGUCUUUGUUGUGGAUCUGGAUGGCAGAGCUAGGUGAUGGCCGGGAAAGUAACCAGAAGCUUCAAGAAGAGGUCAGUUCACAUUCAACUUGCUUGUUUUUUAAAACCACUAUAUAGAUUACUUAGGUUGAG